UCUUCCAGUCCCAGUGAGUGGGGGGGUCAGAACCGAGCUCAGAGCCCUGCCGGGGUGGGACAGGCCUCGCCGCUGCCCUUCCAGCACCAGGACCACCAACAGAGACAGUUGCAUCUGUCCAGAGGCCCCAGUCCCAUAUCGCUCAGCACACAGGAGGCGUGGCCAGUAGCAGCAGCCAUUACUGAAUACAUCAACGCCUACUUCAAAGGUGGACAGCACAAUCGCUGUCUGGUGAAGAUCACAGGUGACCUCACGAUGUCCUUCCCAGCAGGCAUCACUCGUAUUUUCACUGCCAAUCCCAACGUUCCCGUGCUCAGCUUCAGACUGGUCAACAUCUCAAAGAUCGAUCACUUUCUGCCCAAUCAAAAGCUUCUCUACAGCGACCCGUCUCAGAGCGACCCCGACGCCAGAGACUUCUGGUUCAAUAUGCAGGCUCUGCAGCUGCACCUGCAGCGGGAGGCCGAAGUCAACCCGCAGGCUUCGUACUACAACGUCGGGCUGUUCAAGUAUCAGGUGUCUUCUCAGGACCCGGGUCGGGCGCCUCUUUUGCUCUCAGCCGAGUGUCAGCGGAGCGGCACGGUGACCAGGGUCUCCCUGGAUUACCACUGCUGCCCCGCCACCGCGCCCUCCACCCAACUCACUGCCGUCCAGGUGCUGCUGCCGUUGGACCACACUGCCACAGACCUGCAGUGCCAGCCGCCCGCCUCCUGGUGAGCAGACGUGACUUCUUUGGCGUAUUUUAAUUUAUCCUAAUUUUGUUCUACUUUAACAUCCAGAACGCCUCAUGAAGGCCACAGAACGACAGUGUCGCUGUGAUUAUAGGGAGCGGUGUGACCCCUCCGUCCAAAGCAAAUUUCUCCCAAGGGAGACAAAGAAAGAGCGAAACGUUGACAUCCAAAUAAUGACAUAAAUAGAGCAGCUUGUGAGAUGCAGCAGGUAUGACAGGGGUGCACGUGGUUGCAGUAAAGCAG